CGGGCAGCAGCGGCGGGCAGCGGGGAGCUCGGUGCUCUCCUUUGAGGAGUGAUGGGGCUAUUCCGGAAUUAACAAACCACUCUAAUUUCUUUACAAAUUAUCGCGGAGUUGAUUUUGCCGAUCGUUUGAUGAACAGCACGCUCAGGAAAUCUACUAUGACUUAAGCCCUGAAAACCACCUGAGGCUCCGCAUUCCAAAAAUUCACCUGUGUUCCAUGCAGAACCCUUCAAAAACCAAUGGCCAGAAUGCUACAAGCUCCACCCCAGUUGCAUUCUUCAGAAUGGCACGUUGCAAACAAGAUGCAGUGUGCCAGUGCAGAGUCUCAGAAAUCCAGUUCAGAGCGCUUAGUAGCUGAGAGUCGAAGACUGGUGGAUGAAAUAGAAAAGACAACUCAGAAAACCCAAAGCAGCGUCAACAAGAAAAUAGAACAGAGACUGGAAGAAAUAAAGUUCUGGAAGCAAGAAUUAGAUAACAAACUCGAACAACUUGUUAAUGAGACAGAGGUACUGGUUACUUUCAAGACCAGGCUGGAGAAAGCCUUGGAGAGCUGCAGAGAGCCACUGGUAAUUUCCCAGAAGUGUCUCCUGAACAGGCAGAGACGAGCUGGGACUGACUUGGUGCAUGAUGAAGUGGAACAGGAAUUGGUCAAGGAAGCUGGAGUUCUGCAGGGGGUUAUUGCUUUGCUUGAACGUACAUUAGAACAAACGAAUGAGCAAAUCAGACUAAACCGUUCCACAAAAUACAACCUGGAAAUGGAUGUGAAAGACAAGUUCACAGCUUUGAUGAUUGACAAUUACUGUGCUAGCUUGACAAACAACACUCCUGAUGUCAGAUACGCUGAUAAAACAGUGGAAAUAGAAGGAAAUUUUGUUAGCCCUGAAGACUGGAUAUAUUUCUCAAACAUAAAUGUUGAAAAGGCUGACAAGCAGAGAAACAAUUCAGUGGCACUAAGGGUGCUGAUUGACAGCAUCCUCUCCCAGGCAGUGAAUGACAUGUGCAAGCAAUAUGAGAUGGUGAAUAUCGCAUUUAGAAAUAGAGUGGAGGAAGUCAGAGAUGCCAAGCACAAGCUGGAGACACUCCUCGCAGUGGUGAUGAAGGAGGCUGCCUCGCAGGAGAUGAACAUUGUAGCCUUAAAGAAAGCAAUUGCUGAUAAAGAAGGACCUGUUAAAGUGGCUCAAACCCGCUUGGAGGCAAGAAACCAUCGCCCUGGAGUGGAAUUAUGUUAUGACACAGUGCAAUAUAGGCUGACCGGUGAAAUUCAAGAGAUUACAAACAACAUUCAAAGGUUAAAGGACACACUGGCACUGGCUGAAACAGAGCUGAAAGGUCUGAGACGUCGGCAGCUUUCCCUGGAGGAGGAGAUCCAGAUCAAGGCAGAUACAUUAUACAUUGAUGAAGUGCUCUGCAAGCCAAUGAGAGAGUCUGUUUGCAUUAACAACUUUUAAAGCCACAUUACUGGACAGUUCAUGCUGAGAUUUUGACAAACUCCAAAUUUAUUGAUUUGAAUUAAUGCUGUCCUCAUUCUAGAUGUGUGAGGCAAUUAAAACAGACAGUACUUACAGCUAGGACUGUGCUCUUGAAUGUCUGAUGAAAUCCCCCACUGGGCAGUAAAGUUCCAGAAUAAGAGGGAAUGUGGCAACGUGCUUUCCAUGUUAUCUCAGGUACAAGCAAUGACAUCUUUUGCCACUGAGAGGUGUAGAAGUUGUGGAAGCUAGAGCAGUUCUCUCACAAGACACUGGUAAGCUGGUCCAGUGGGAGUGCUGACUGCCAGGAUUAGCUGCGGUAUGGUUUUUUCUUCUUAACAUCUGCUGUUAAGAACUGGGCAGAGAGUGUGUUAUGAAACUCAACAGAACUAGGGAGUGAUGAUGCGGUGGAAUGGAGUACCUGACUGCAUCUGAAUCGAGACGAAGCCAAGGCUGAUUUUGGGCUAAUCGUUUCCUUACUCCAUGUCUCAGUUUUCCUAUUUGUAAAAUGGGAACAAACAGACGGCCUCACUGGUAAGCUGUUUGAAACUCUACAAGGGGAAGUGCUGAAUGAAGAGGGUCUUAUUCUUACUAGAGGUGCCAACGAGGGCUGAGGAAAAAGCUCACUGCUGCUUCUGGUUCUGGUGAGGGAAAACAAAAGAACGGCAAGAAUAAGUGAUACUGGAGAUAUAAGAGGCUGGUUGCCAAGUCCAACACUUUAAUCCAGGGCAUAGUAAAAUUGUCCUUUGCAUACGAUGGUAUCUCCCUUUCAGAGGGAUGCUGACAAGAUUCAGUUCUCCUAUUAAUGCCCUCCAAAGGAUUUGUUCAUCAUUUGCAGGUGUAACUCCUUGUGGCUUUACUCCAGUGGAUAGGUGAUGACAAAAUAGUUAAGCUCUGAGUCAAUCAGAUUUUUAAACUUCUUGUAAAUAUUGUGCAACAGCUGCUUCUCUUCACUGGUCUCCUGUCGGGAUGUGUAAAUCCUGACCUGUGAGCAUGAAUGGUGGUCAUGUCUCUCAGAUACGUGCAGCAGUCUCAGCCCAUUAAAGCUUGUGGCAAAAGUAAGCCUUUGUUGCUACUGAAGAAUAUGGAGAAGCCAAAUUCUUAGAAUAAAAUCCUAAAAUUUACGUACAGUUUUCACUCUGAACUGAGUGAAAAUUACGACUCAUCUUCUGCCAAAGAAUUUUUGGGAAGAGGAAAGUUCCUUUUACCCUCAAGAUUGACACAUUCUUGGAAUACGCAUGGCUCUGGAUCUAAUACAUUUACAAUUCAGCAAGCAAAAUAGUAUGACAGUAUGGUUUACACCAGCUGCAUUUGUGGAGUGGCCACAUACAGUACAACAUCCCUUUUUGGUGAGAUGUGUUUAUAGCUUUUGUUUAAUGAGAUUCAACUGUCAUGCUUCAAUUUAAGCAUAGAUAUGAGUACGAGGACUGAGUGGAACAGACAAUCCCUAGCUUAAUAUAGGAGGUGACAGAGGGAACCCAUGGACUAGCACAGAUUUGCGGAAUGGUUGGUGCUGGUUAUUAAACUUACAUAGUAUUCUGUAAUAUUCCUACUUAUGGAUUAGUAGGUUGGAAAGAGUGGUUCUCAGGUAGUAGUAGGUUUCUAAGUGGUUCUCAGGAUUCUUAAAAUGCUAAAACAUUAUAUAGGGAAGGUAGUUAUGCUAACAUUUCCUUCUCCAACCUUACUGCGGGAUUAUAGGGACCUCAGCAUUUCUCUGGAUAUGGAAGAGAGGAAGGUAGGUAAUGGGAGUUUUGAAGCAUCGAGUCUUACCUUUAUUGUAGUCAAAAAGCAUUUCCUUUCUGCACGAUUCUGCAGCAACCUCUCCACAAAAGUAACACUAAGAAAUGCCCAGACUUUCAGAAAAAACAAUCUCCUGCAUGAUAAGAUAAGCUGUAGCAGCUCAUCAUCCAGCAGCUCAUUGUCAUUGUUUACUUCAAGGGUUAAUUUCUUCAAAAAGAAAGAACGCAGUCAGUUCUGUGAAACAAGGCUUGCACUAGCUAAACUUCAAAGUGUUUCCCAAUUUUACCAACAGAAGUGACUGACAGCAGAUCAGCUGUGUACCUUGACACGAGCAGAGAACCUUUUUUUUGUUACGACAAGAAUAUAUGCAGUGGUAAUUUCCAUUCUCCCGUAACGAUGAGCUUCCCAUGUACGUUAUGUACCGUCCUAAGAGACAGACAACUUCCAGUGGGUGCAAUGCCCACAACU